AUGACGAAGGGCAAGCCCAAUGCGCCAGCCCAGGAGGAAGCAGCAGCAGCAGCAGCAGCCCCUGCUCUCCCCACUGCGGCUCUGUGCACUCCGCCGCCGCCGGAGGGUUUCGCGGAGACCCACCGCCCCCACCCGACGUCCCCGUAUGACAACCUCCUCACAGAACAGCUCAACCGGUGGCUGGAGUGCGAGCCGCCGGAGGGGUUCAUGAAGAUCUUAGCCCGACCCGCCAACUGCGACUCCCGCGCCCCUGCCCUCGCCGACGAGAUCAUUGGGAGUGCCUUGACCAAAACCUUCCUAGAGCUGAUGGGACCCAGUGACCCAGCCUGCGCGAACCUGCGCAUCACGCCACCCAUACCCGCCGACGAAAAGGCCCCACUGCCGAUGGUGUGGCUGGUCCUGGUCCCCAUCGACCUCGGGCGGCGCCUCCUGGCUCAAGAGUUCCGGUACGUUCUGGAAGACAUUGAAACUGACAACGAACUCGAAACAUACUCGUACACCUCCUACAUCCUCGACUGCCUUAGCGUCCGACGAAUCGCCUCGAAGGUAUCCGGCGGCGGUGAUGCCGCAAUCUGGCUCUUGUGUCUCGAUGAUGAUAUCUUCACGUCGAUCGAGCAGUGGAUUGAAUUUAGGAAGGAGCUCGCCCAGAUGACCUACCCCCACCUUGACGACGGGGUGGGGCGGCCAUUCUUCCCGCGCCCCUGCGCUAUCUGCGGAUGCGCGUCGCACUCAAGUGGGCUCUGCCCCCUCCCCUCGCUCCCCGGCUGGCUCGGCCCGGACAGCGACACCAUUGGGCUGCAGCAGAAGAUGCCCCCGUUCGGCUUGAAGGAGAGCGUUGCACUAUACGAGGGAUUCGCACCCCACAAGAUGCAUAGGCUGGGCCUUGGCGGCCGAGCCCGAGGUGGUGCAUCCUCCCGCAGUGGACGCGGCGGGAGAGGACACGGACGAGGACGCGGAUACUAG